CAACACUACAAAUCUAUUACAUUUAUUGAGGUUACAUGUCUUCAGAACCUGAACCCUCCUCCCGAGGAGAGCCAGCAGUCAGAAGUCAGAUUGUUGAUCCCCGCAGUACCAAUGCAGCCUCAGCCUCAUCAUCGUCCAGACCUGCAGGAGGAGACAAUGCAGAUCCCACUCAACUGAUGUGCAGACGAUACAUGAUUGGAAAAUGCAAGAAGGCAAGAAAGUGUCCUUUCUCUCACAGUAUGGAUCAUCUACCUACAACUUUCUGCAAGGACUACAUUUUCAAGUAUUGCAAGUAUGGGUCAAGAUGUACAAAGCGUCAUCUGAAUCCUAAAGAAGAAAACCGUAGGGAAGUCUUACGUAAAAAAUACUCAAAAAAGAAGAGGAUGACCUGGCAUGAUGCCAAUGAGUUUGAACCAGGAAUGCCAAAUCACCUCGAUCGUCAACCUUUACCUCCUGGAGUUUGCUCCCUUGAAGAACUAAAAGACGAACCACUUUGCCAACAUGCAAUAGAAGGGAACUGCACAAACACAGACUGUGUAUUCUUACACGGAUUCCAAUGUGAUCACUGCAAGAAACCGGUUAUACAUCCCUUUGAUAGGAUCCAAGGUCGAACUCACGUGGAACUUUGUUCCAGAACUGCUGGGAUGCUGAAAAACUAUCUUCAACUCAUCAAAGACUCAGAGAACGAAGAGUGUGGGAUAUGUUACGACAAAGUUCUGUCAGCUGACAAGAAAGAAGAGGACAGGAAGUUUGGCCUGCUGCCAGGUUGCAUGCACAAGUUCUGUCUGUGUUGUAUAAGGAGAUGGAGGAAUUGCAGUGAAGGCGCUGUGUCUCAAGAAAACAGACGAAGUUGCCCUAACUGCCGACAGAAAAGCUACUUCGUAGUUCCCUCACAAGUCUGGAUCGCUGAGGGAAACCACAAGAAGAUCUACAUAGAAGAGUAUAAAAAAGACCUGAAGAGGAAACCGUGCAAGUAUUACCGUCACCAGGGAGACUGUCCCUUCUCCAGCAACUGUUUUUACUCCCACGAGCAUAUUGAUGGUCAGGGUGAAGUUUACACUCCACGAGGGGACAGAAGCGAAGACACGCUCCAGUUAGAUAACAUCGUACUGGACGAAGAUAGAGCCCAAGAUACUAUCAGUGCUCGGAUUAUCCAGGUUAGAGAGACGCUGAAUGCUCUCAGAGUAUCGCACAGAAUGACAGAGGCCGGAGAUUCUCUAUCUAAUCUUAUGCGAGAGAUCGACCAGCUCCACGACUCACUACGACUGAUGGGGCUCACUCAGAACAACGACAACACCCGGCAAUAGUUAAUAAUAGCAUGUAAUUUGAAAGAAGCCCCGAACAUUGGGAACAGAUAAUGUGAUGUGAUCUCGGCAGAUCACGUCACGUUUUCUUGCUCCACUGGGAAUGAAACAUUAUGAAAUUAUAAAGGACAAUGUACCGUAUCGACUGAUAAUCGCGAUAACCUUGAUAAUAUAUAUCAUUACAAGUUUAGAGGACGCAAUCCCUCCACUUGUACAAUGUGCAAUGUGCAUUGUGCACCAAGACCCUUUCGAGGGUAAGAUAAGGUUUUAGUAAAAGAGCUCUUGAGUGUACUAGGUAAGUUGUGGGAUGAGGGUCUGAGCUUUAUAGUUUCAGUUCUAAGUCAUGAGAUAAGAUAAGAUGAUUGACUUACAGUUCUGUGUGCGUUAUUCCACGUUUAAAUAAUAUAUGAUGCAAUGUGGCCUUAAAAAUAGGGCCACAUUUUCAUCGGUUAAAUAGUUAAAUUGAUAUGUCCUCUUUAAGAUAAAAAUAUAUCUUAAACCCUGAGAUAAUUGAUGCAUUAAUUGAGUGUGUGCCCUUGAGACUUAACAAUUUUAUUUUCUGGCCUAUACUGAUACUGCUAUAGAACUUGGGGAGGAAUUGUUUUCCGAAACUUAGUGGUAUUAUAGCAAUCAUAAGACCGUUAUAUAAUGAGAUAUUAGCUUCGGCUAAUUUCAUUUACAUCGGAACUCACAACUGUACGUGACUAGCAACCCACUUGUACCCCUUAGGCCUCUACAUUUAAUUGGUCACGUACUGUUUACGAGGUCUAAACCGUUAUUCUGCGCAGGUUCCUGUCUAGACCUGACAAUUUGCACAUUAAUUAUGAGGUAAGUUAAAUAACUAGAGCCCUCAGGGCCUUAUAAAAAGUAACAGUAAACUUUUUUGGAAAAUUUCCAAAUUCAAAUGAAAGGCAAUGUUAUGUAAAGUUAAUUACAUACUAGGGCUCAGAGGUAGGCCAAACGUUUUCCCGAUGAGUAUAAAGCAAAAGAUUUUUGAAAUAAACACUUAGAAAGGAAUUGUUCUAUCGUAAUAAUGAUUCGAGUUAAAGAUAAAUAUAGCGUUAUAACAGACUAAUGACUAUGUGCGUGCAUUGUGCAAUUCUACUAUCAGAAUAAUGGAUAGGUAUGUUUGUAAUUUCUGAUGCCAUAUGCUCGUGUUGUUGACUUAGUGUAUAGUUAUAGAGAUUUAAGGAAGUUUUAAGCUUUGUAAUUUCAAUAUAAUAAUACCGGUAUAUAUAUAAUGAUAUAGUUGUUUGGGAUCAUUGUUUUAUAUAAAUCUACUUAUUAUGUAUUUGAAAUGUGUGUGCUGCUCAUGCAAAUUUGUCGGCUUUUUUCAGUGUAAGAUGACAGUCAAGUUUUACUUAUCUAUUUAGCAUUUCCACUCUGUUUUACACUUCCACAUUUGGUAGAUUAUUCCACAUAUUCACUGCUUAAAUAAGUAGAGACUUUUUGAGACCUUUAUCUAGCACUUCACAAGCUCAUGGAAACAGCGCAUUAUAUGUGCAUUAUGCGCAUAUGCAUUAUGUGCAUUAUGCGCACCUCUCAUUAUCAUCAGGAUAUAACUUAAACGUCAUGAUAUCCCAAGAACUAUUCUACAACAACCUCGUAAGAUACCACAUCCACUCAUCAAAGUGUAUUGUAACAGAUAUGAGCUAGAAUUUUCUUAUCUAAAUUUGGGGUACAAAAGUGAUGCGUUUUUUGUGAUUGGUUGAAUCAAUAUUUAAAAAACACCUCUGGUGAGGUGUUGGUUUAUUUUCAAACAUACAAUUUUUUUUCCAGGUUAAAGUUCAUGUUAACGUUCAUUCAAAUUUUUCAUUUAAGUUUAAACUUUUAUCUGAUAAGUGAUACAUUUUCCCGAAAAUUUCUUACCAUUGCUGCAUAAUAUUGGUUAUUUUGUAGUUAUGGGUUCGGUUAUAAAGCACUUGCAUAAUAUACGAUAUCGAUAUUGUUUAUUAUAAUUGUAAAUUUUUAGUUAAAUUGUUACCUUUUACACGAAGCUGUGGCAGCCAACAUUUUUGACUCACAUUGGUGCUUGAUUAAUGAAUAAUUUGAAUGAUAAUGAUACGAUACCAUUGCAGCCGCAGCAGUAUGUAUAAGGUCAAAUUUCCAAUUUGUUAAACAUAAUUACAAUUGUAUGCGUUUUACUUAGCGUCAUUAAUCA